GUUCUAAAUGACAUGCUGCCUACGGUGUCUGAAUCUAGAGCGAGAGUUGGUUUUUGGUGGGCGGGGUAAAGUUGUUUAGAGAAUGAAGAAGCGUGGGGUACUGUGUGAAGAAGAGAAAGAAGUAAAGUCCUAGAUGUGUAUAUGUCUGGAAUUGAAAUGAAGGCCAUAAUUACUGUAUGCACAAGAAACGGAAACUUCUUGAACAAAUUGGAGAUGGACAUCUUCCAUAUCUUUCUUCAAAAGAUGACACAUUUUAUGAUUUGUGGGGAUCUUGUUACUCAAAACUUACCCUUCUUCAAGCAAAGCAUGUUCCAGUAGACCUGCACCACACAGUCCAAAAUGCAUUUUUAUCCUUACUUCGUAAUGGUUGUCUCUUUCAAGACCUUGUGCGUCUGAAAGGUAAAGACAUUAUUACUCCAGUUUCUCGGAUUCUAAUAGGUCGCCCAGGAUAUACCUAUAAAUACUUAAAAACAAGAUUAUUUGCUGUACCAUGGAUUAAUGAUGAACUCAACACUCAGUACAGUACAAGGAAUUUAUUGGAAACGUAUAAAGCUUUUUCUGACUUGAAUGAUUUCCUUUAUUCCCAGACAGUCAAUGAAUUACAAAAACUUGGAAAGAUCCAUAAAGAUAAUUUUUUCCAACAUUCUGAGUAUAAAGAGCAAAUAAAAUCAGACCAAAGGCCCUCUACUUCAAAUUAUGAAAAUGUAAAGCUCCACAGCAUGGAAUCAUUUAAUGUAACAUUGAUAAAUUACAUGGAUCCACAGAAUAUGUCCUUUCUGAAAGAAGAGCCAUAUUUUGGCAUGGGGAAAAUGGCAGUAAGCUGGCACCAUGAUGAGAAUUUAGUGGAGCAGUCCACAGUUGCAGUCUACAACUACAGUUAUCAAGAGAGUUCUAAUGACGUAAAUGGUGAAGAUGAAGAUCCUACCAGGUGGCAUGUAGGUCUGAAGAUUGCAUGGGACAUAGAGACCCCAGGUCUUCUUAUGCCUUUGAGUUCAGGGGACUGUUACCUAAUGCUAGAUGACCUCAACAAAACCCACCAACAUUGUGUGAUUGCUGGGUGCCAGCCUCGGUUCAGUUCCACACACAGAGUAGCAGAGAGCUCUACGGGUACUUUACAAUAUAUCAAGUCACAAUGCAACUCUGCUCUGCAGAAUCUUCACAUGAAUCCUGACACAGGAGCAGCAGAUUUGAAGAACCUAGAGCCCAAUGUCUUAGGACAAACAGAAGAGAUUCACAAUGAGGUGGAGUUUGAAUGGCUCCGACAGUUCUGGUUUCAAGGAAAGCGUUACAACAAAUGCACUACCUUUUGGAAGGAAGCAAUGACUGAACUGGAAAUUCAUUGGAAACAGAUGGAGACCAUGACCAGCCUUGUACUGAAAGCGAUUGAAAAUGAAAAUCUUACAGUGGAUGAAAAAUGCAAUAUCCUGAAGAAUAUUUUGCCUCCACUAGUAGAACGUCAGGAUCUGCGUCAUGAUUGGAGAGAGAGGUGCAGAAGCAAACUCGCCAAGAUGUUACCCCCAGACCAGGUGCCAUGUUUCUACCCAUACUGGAAUGAUGACAACAAGACUAUGCCAUUACCAUUUGAUCUGCACAAUAUCAUAUCUGCCCUUCAAAAAACGCUUGAAGAAAAUGAACUGAAACUUUAGAAGCUUGAUACCUCUUUGGUUACUUUUUAACUCACGUAAAUGUUGCUCCUCUGUUUUUAAGAUGCAGUUACCGAAUACAAUAACCAGCAUGCCAAGCAUAUUUCUGGAUGUGUGAUAUUUAAGAAAGCAUAUGAAAUUUG